CCCGCUUUCCCACGACGGCCCCAUCGGGCCAACUUGGAUUUGCAGCCUCUCCGACACUCAGUCGAGCUCGUCCUUUUCUGCUUCGUCUGAAAUCGAUCCGACUAGCAGCUCUUUUGCAUGCGCUUGAUUGGCCUGAAAGCCUUCCGAUGUGUCCUCCAGGGAACUCUUGCGCCGUUUCCCUGGCUCCGUCGCUCACCGUUUUUCCCUAAUUCUCUUCCUUUCCCGUUCCCUCGCUCGCUCUCUCGCUUUCUCUCUCUCUCUCUCUCUCCACUCGUCUUUUCCUCUUUCUCUUCCUCUCUCGCUUUUCCCCUUCUCCUGCUUUUCGCUGCGUGCUUCCAUCUCUCCCCUCUCUCCGUCCACAGAGCUUUCGGAGCUGGUUCUAGUUCCAUUCCAUAUUCAUCCCCCUCUUCCCCUUGCUCUCCAUAUCCUCUCUCCCCUUAUCACCUGCUGAAUUGAAACGGCUACCAGAUCCGGCUGAAGAUCUCCGUGUUCUGUUUUUCUUCUUCCUUCCCCACCCUCCCGUUCGGGGUCGAUUAAACUCAACUUUUACCGCCAUUUCGCGACCUUACCUUACUGA